UUUCUUUGCUGGCGAGCGGGACAGGCACCCAGAGGGGACAAUACAGGGCGAGGGACUGCCAGGGGAAGCGAGGGCUGCAGACAGAGCCGAGCGCACGGGGAGCUGAGCGAGUCGGGUGCGAUGGGUCUGCUGGAGUGCUGUGCCCGCUGCCUCAUCGGGGCUCCCUUCGCCUCGCUGGUGGCCACCGGGCUCUGCUUCUUUGGGGUCGCGCUGUUCUGCGGCUGCGGGCACGAAGCCCUCACCGGCACCGAGCAGCUCAUUGAGACCUACUUCUCCAAAAACUACCAGGACUACGAGUAUCUCAUCGAUGUCAUCCACGCUUUUCAGUACGUCAUCUACGGCACAGCCUCCUUCUUCUUCCUCUACGGAGCCCUGCUGCUGGCCGAAGGCUUCUACACCACCGGCGCCGUCCGGCAAAUCUUCGGGGACUACCGGACCACCAUCUGCGGCAAGGGCCUCAGCGCAACGGUAACUGGGGGCCCGAAAGGGAGGGGAGCGCGAGGCCCCCAGCGAGCUCACUCUUUGCAGCGGGUGUGUCAGUGUUUGGGAAAGUGGCUAGGACAUCCUGACAAGUUUGUGGGCAUUACCUACGUCCUGACCAUCGUCUGGCUCCUGGUCUUCGCCUGCUCCGCCGUGCCCGUCUACAUCUACUUUAACACUUGGACCACCUGCCAGUCCAUCGCCAACCCCACCAAGACCACUGCCAGCAUCGGCACGCUGUGCGCGGACGCCAGGAUGUACGGCGUCCUGCCCUGGAACGCUUUCCCUGGGAAGGUGUGCGGCUCCAACCUGCUCUCCAUCUGCAAGACCAGCGAGUUCCAAAUGACUUUCCACCUCUUCAUCGCGGCCUUUGUGGGGGCUGCAGCCACGCUGGUCUCACUGCUCACCUUCAUGAUCGCCGCCACUUACAACUUCGCCGUCCUCAAGCUGAUGGGCCGGGGCACCAAGUUCUAGCCGGCGAGGUGAAGCCCAGCCAGACCCACACCCUCCUUUCCUCUAACCUCGAGGCUUUAACACUGCAGCCACCCGACACCAGGUCUCCUGCCUUAACGCUGCCUUCGCCGCUGACUCCCCUCCUCUUCCUCCCUCGCAUCCAUCGUGCUGAGCGUGACCAGGAAGAGCUUCCCACCAAUGGACGCCUCUUCAUGCACUUUUCUCUCUGUGCUCAUCCGUAACCGGUUCGCUCUAGGGCCAAAACCAGCAAGAGAAGAGGAGGGACUCGCUCCGGUGUCCCAACGUUGCCUAUAGGGAUGAGCAAAAGCCUCCGUGCUCCUGGGAGGCAGAAAUCCAUGUGUAGGUUGCUCCAGGAGUAGAGAGAAAGAGGCUCCCUAGAGAGAAAAGGAAGUUGGCUGGGCCCCGGUCCCAUUGCUGGAGCCUCUCCUGGAGCUGACUGCCGGCACCUCUCCUGGAUGGAGGAUGAGAACGAUUUUUUUUUCCCCUAGUAAAGAAAGAUGAAUUUACCCCAAAGUGCCUGCUGCAGCCAAGGCAAAGGGAGUUUAGGGCAAGGAUCUUCCCGUUGCGGAGAAGAGAGCGCUGACCCCGAUGCUGAUAAAUCCCACGUCCCUACCCCAGCCGCCCCUAGCAAAGCCUGGAGGAGUUUGGUGUCUGUGCGCAAAGGGCACCCUCGGCUUUAGGCUCCAGCACCGCAGCGCCGGGUGCGAGGGGAGCGGAGCCGGAGCAGCCCCUUUGCAGCACGGCGUAACCCACGGGCUGCGUAACAGCCGCACGUGCCCAACCCGGCCGUCCCUUCACGAUGGUGCUCUCCUCUCGGGGUGACGUUUGCUUCCGUAACGUUCGCUGCGCCCGCGCUCUCCGUUUUCGUUCCUCGUUUGCUCUCCCUCCCCCCGCCCCGGCCUCGUGCUAACGCUUGGUGUUUAUUUAUUGGAGAAACUACUUCUCGUGGCGGACCGCGGCUCCAUCCCGCACGGGUCUUUUCUUUUAUUGUUCUUUUUUUUUUAAAUUUCACGUCUGUACGACCGCGAUUCUUUCUCGAAAGAGCCGGUUCCGGCCGGGGGGGCGGGGAGAUCGGGCCGGUCUGCUGAGCAGAGCGCUCCGAGGAUCCGUGCCGCCCGGCGCCGAGCUCGGCCCCACCGCUACCGACGCACACGGGCUGGGGGAAACCGGGCAAGAUCUGGGGGAUCCACUCACAUCGCCGCCGCCGUCGCUCUUGGGGGGGUUUUGCUGGUGGGUUUUCGGUAUCGAUUUAACAACAAAUAACCAGGUCCUCCUUCCCACCCUCGUCCCCAGGCCCCCAAGCGCGCACACACGCACGCACGCACGCACACACACACACACACGGAGUUAAUCGACUGAAAGCGUUUCCUUCGGCUCUGAUCUAGAAGUUCAACUCGUUUAACAAGCAAUAAAAAGGAGCACGUUUUUAGAGACUUAUCUCACAAGAUGUAUUUUAUAAAGAUUAAAGGAAAUAAAUUAAAAUUAAGAACAUUGCGAACGA